AUGUUGUCCACCCGAUUUGUCCAGGCGAGCCUCCGUGGUUCUGCCCAACACUUCUCCCGCAGAGCCGCCCUGAAUGGUGUACGGACCUAUGCCACACCCGCGCAAGACACAAAGCCUCCAGUUGCGCUUUUCGGUAUCGACGGCACGUAUGCUAAUGCUUUGUACACUGCCUCCGCCAAAACCUCUAGCCUCGAACAGACCUCGAAAGCUCUCACAAGCCUCGGAGACGUUUUCAAGAAAGAUGUCAAGCUUACUACUAUCCUCAAUGCCCCCACCCUGUCUGCCAGCGAUAAAGCCCAGAUCGUUGCUGAAUUGCAGAAAAUUGCCGGCGGUGCAGGCAAAGGUGAUGUGAUGAAGAACUUCUUGAAUACAUUGGCGGAAAACAACCGCUUGGGAGUGUUGGAGGGUGUGUGUCAGAAAUUUGCUACACUCAUGAGCGCCUACCGGGGAGAAAUCGAGUUGAUUAUCACCAGCGCCCAGAAACUUGACCAAAAGACCCUUCAGCGUCUUGAGACCGCUGUUGCUAAGUCUGAGUAUAGCCAGGGAAAGAAACUCAAGGUUGUUAGUAAGAUCAACCCUGAUGUUGUGGGUGGUCUUGUUGUCGAGAUCGGCGACCGCACUAUCGAUCUGAGCGUGUCUUCGAAGAUUGCCAAACUCAACAAGGCUCUUACCGAUGCUCUGUAA